AUGCGUUCUAUCACACUGUUGGCCGCACUGGCCACCAACGCACUCUCAAUCGCGCUCCCGUGGCAAUCCGCCCCAGAUACAACCAGCGGAACCCAACUCCCGCUCGUGAUCUGGCACGGUCUAGGCGAUGACUUCGAACGCGAAGGGCUGGCCGAAGUUGCCAAUCUAGCCGAAGCCACCAACCCCGGCACCUACGUGCACCUCAUCCGCCUAGCCAACGACGGCAGCGGCGACCGCUCCGCAGCCUUUUUCGGCAACGUAACAGAGCAAAUCGCGCUAGUCUGCGAGCAGCUCGCCACAGACCCAAUCCUCAGCACAGCGCCCGCCGUCAACGCACUAGGCUUCUCACAGGGCGGCCAAUUCCUCCGCGGGUACAUCGAGCGGUGCAACACGCCGCCCGUGCACAACCUCGUCACAUUCGGCAGCCAGCACAACGGCAUCUCGGCGUUCGAGUCGUGCGCCUACGACAAUUGGUUCUGCAAGGGCGCGGAGCAGCUCCUGCGGUCGGGACGGUGGACGAGCUUUGCGCAGUCGCGCGUCGUGCCGGCGCAGUACUUCCGCGAUCCGGAAGACCUGGAUUCGUACCUCGAGCACAGCAAUUUUCUGGCGGAUAUCAACAACGAGCGGGCGGUCAAGAACGAGACGUAUAAGAAGAAUCUGGCGGCGCUGAAUCGGUUUGCCAUGUUUAUGUUUGAGGAUGAUACGGUUGCUGUUCCGAAGGAGAGUGCUUUGUUCUCGGAGGUUAAUGCUACUACUGGUGAGGUGACGGCUCUGCGCGAGAGGCCGAUCUAUAAGGAGGAUUGGGUCGGGCUGAAGCAGCUGGAUGAGCAGGGGAAGCUGGACUUCAAUACUGCCCCUGGAGAGCAUAUGGAUCUGUCUGAAAAGACGCUGCGCAAGGCUUUCACUCAGUACUUUGGUCCGCUGGAGAAGUCGCGUCCUUCGCCGGGUCUAGUUGUGCAGCCCGUGUUCUGA